AUGUCGUACUCGCAAAAUUUCCUUCACUUUCGUGAGUUUCAUCAUACUCACUUUAAACAGGAUAGGAAUUUUUUACCAUUACCAACCACCCCUCCAUGGUGGUUAUGGAGAAUGGAAGGGGAGGAAGAAGCGAAAGGUCAUACAGGUUACGAGUAUCAAGAGCAAUACCAGAAAGAAGUAGAACAGGAAGAAUCGGAAGAACCUAAAAUUGAGUUCGUAUUAAGCGAGGAGGCAAAAGCAAUGUUUCGCUUUUCUGAAUUAAGGCGGCAACGACUCGCAAAAGAAAAAGCAGAUGAUGAUGAUAAAGAUUCCAACUCAUCUUCAAAUAAUGAUUUCAUCGACCUGAAUCCUUGGCCGGAUCCUACGCUCAUUCCAUCAUUUCAUCAUCAGCCUAGCAUAGAAUCUAAAGAAUUCUACGGAGAUUCUUAUACAUUAAUCAAUACAUUAGAAGCAGCGGUAAAUUCCAAAUUUGCUCAAAGUUUUGAUAAAUCUAAUCAAGACGAUGUAGUCUAUUGGCCUGUAUUACCUUUAAGAUACGUUUAA